AUGUAUCGCGUCCUUCAACCCCUCAUCCCAGGCAAGUGUCUCGUCUACCUCGACGACAUUAUAGUGUUUGGGAGGUCUAUCGACGAACACAACCACAAUUUGCGUGCGGUAUUGGAAGCCCUCCGCUCCGCUGGUCUGACCCUUAACCCCACGAAGUGCCUUUUUUUACGCCGCGAGGUAAACUUUUUGGGUCACUUAAUCUCUCCCGGGCGCAUCUCCCCCCUGCCUAACCGCGUACAAUGCAUCCGCACGUGGCCAACCCCCUCCAACCAAACGGAAUUACGCAGUUUCUUGGGGUUAGCAUCAUAUUACCGUCGUUUCAUCCGUUGUUUUGCUCAUAUCGCCAACCCCCUGCACAAACUCACGGAGAAAGGCAGACCCUUCGUCUGGUCGGACGACUGUGCACGUGCGUUCACCGACCUCCGCGCCGCCCUGUGCUCGGCUCCCCUACUUGCCCUCCCAAACGUUGACGACGACGCACCCCCAUUCAUAUUAGACACUGAUGCCAGUGGGUACGCCAUCGGCGCCGUACUCUCCCAAGCCGACGCGAACGGAGUAGAGCACCCGAUCUGCUUCGCGAGCAAUACUCUCACUAAACCACAGAGGAAUUAUUGUACCUUCCGUCGCGAACUCCUGACGAUCGUUGUGUUCCUGCGUCAAUUCAAACACCUGCUAGUCGGACGACGUUUCGUUCUCCGCACAGACCACAGGGCCCUGCAGUGGCUGCGGUCCUUCAAGGACCCCAUGGACCAGCUGGCACGCUGGCAGGAGUUCCUUCAUGAUUUUGACUUUGAAUGCCAAUACCGCCCGGGCCACAAGCAUGGCAACGCAGAUGCCCUUUCCCGCUUGCCCCACGUCACUGACGCAGAACCCGAUAUACAGACAGCCGGCGUUAACGCUAUUGUCGUGUCGGAGCCGACACGCCACGAAUGGGCAACAGCGCAAAAAACGGACUCGAACACGGCCACUAUUUACCGCCACAUGAGUCUAGGGCUUCCCAAACCUACCGAGCGGGAAAUGAGAGGCGCCAGCCAGAGUGCCCGCCUAUUGCUCAACCAGUGGCCCUACCUCACCGUAGAGAAUGACAUAUUGUUUCUCCGCGACCCCACUUCCAACCGGCUACGUCCCGUCGUUCCCGGAUGUUUAAUAGAGUCCGUACUCACUGAUCUCCACACACAGCUCGGGCACAGCGGCCAACGCCGCACGGAACUCGCUGCUUGCAGCCGCUUCUGGUGGCCUCAACUACGUUCGGCCGUACAACGCUUCUGUCAGUCCUGCACCACAUGCGCUACGUUUAAACCCCCCUCCCCCUCACCGCGUGCCCCGCUGCAACCUAUGACCACUGGCUUUCCGGGAGAGCGUGUCGGCCUGGACAUUGUAGAACCCUUUCCGAUAUCGGUACGCGGGUUUGAGUAUGUAUUAGUCAUGGUGGACUAUUUCACCAAGUGGGUGGAAGCAGUGCCACUCCUCCGCCAGGACGCGGCAUCAAUCGCAAACGCCAUUAGCCGCACUUGGAUUAGCCGUUGGGGCGCCCCCUUGUCAUUCCAUUCCGACUGCGGCGCUAAUUUUCAGUCCCAGCUCCUACAAGACGUCUGCGAGAUCCUAGAGAUCCGCAAAACCCGAAUAACCCCGUACCACCCCGAAGGCAACGGCCUUGUAGAGAGGACCAACCGCACGCUGCACGACCUCUUACUGGCAUUCUCACGGGACGGGCACGAGCACGACUGGGACGCACAUCUACCUCUGUGCCUGUUAGCUUAUCGCGGAACAGUACAUUCUUCCACAGGGUUCACACCUCACUACCUCUGGACUGGCCGUGACCUACGCCUCCCGGCCGACCUUCGCUACCCCCUACCCACACCCGACCCGUCAACACUACACGAGUACGCCACGCACCUCCGAGGGGUCAUACGCUCAGCUCAUAACGCUGCCCGCGUUGCACUGAGAGUUGCUACCCAGCACCAAAAAGAGCAGUUUGACCGCCACACCGCUGGCACCCCACACCAAGUUGGCGACCUGGUGAUGCAUUACAACCCCGUACCCCCACAUGGCAACUCCGUUAAACUCCACCACCCAUGGCAAGGACCGUUUACCGUACUCGACGUGCUCGCCCCCACCAAAUUCCUGUUACGCGACGCCGUCCACCCUGAUUUCCCCUCCUUUACGGCACACUUUUCUAAGCUCAAACCUUACCGAGGGCGCCUACCCAAUUGCACUCCCGAUUCCCUACCCGUCAUCCCCCUAGACCUAGUUCCCCCGGUGGCCAUCGAGGUCUCCGUCCCUUCCCCCAUCGGCCCCACCAGCACUGAGGACAGUGCUGUACCUUAAUAGGGGGGCGAUGUGACGACCGAUUGUUUUAAACAGACCUUUUUUUACUUCCCGCCCCCCCCCUUUUUCAGAAUUUGGGUCACGUGGAUCGGAGAUGACGCCUGUCGACACGCCCUCCGCUAAGUUCCCUUUUCCUUAUCGUUUCCGUAUUCCUGAACUGCCGAUUCGUUUUCCGCCUCGUUCAUUUCACCAUUAACUAAUCUUUUCCCGUGUUUCACGUUUUAUCGAAUCAUAGGAUUAAGUUGUACUCUCUUAGUUGAUUAGUAGUCUGUACCACUAUUUUUACCUUACGUCAUAGAUCGCAUUAAACUUAUUUUUCUACCGUGUCACCAACGUUUUACUAAUAAACUUUUGUAUCAGUUCAUUCGUCGCUAUCAUGUCCACUCCACCCCUUUCCUUUGCUAGUGUGUAUGAUGGAGUUACACGACUUUUAGAGGAGUUUUCUUUAGAUACCCAUACGAAAGACCGCAAGCCAUCACAUCCCAACUCAGGUCUUCCCGAGUUUUCCGGAGCCCCUCCUUAUUCGGCCGCUACAUUUCCACGUAGUGCGCGUAGUUGGCUUUUCCAAACUGCCUGUUCGCUUGUUGUUUUCUCCGCUUAAGCAUCUUUGUGUCCCGUUAGCUGUCUAGUUUCCGUCGCCAAAUAAACCCUUCUCACAAAAAGACUAAGAACCAUUUGUUGGUACGGUGCCUUGUCUGCUUGCUCGCUUGUCCGCUUGUCCGAUUUAACUCCGAGUCUUGUACUAAUUGAUUUCUCAAAUUAUGCACUUGAUUAUUCGUUGGAGUUCAUAUACCAGAAACCACAUAAAUAACUCUGGGGGUCCCAUCGAAGAGCCGAACCCCUCUCAGCUGUGUCAUGCAGCGGGAGAAUAUCGGCGAAACGCGUGUCUGGGCUUUUAGUAAGUAUGUGUGUCAAGAGUACGGUAUAAUACUUCACCAUAUUGAUUUCAUACUAUUCGUAGUACCACUUGUUUGUAGAAUGGGCAUUACGUGGUUAUUUCACAGCUGUUGAUUGUCUUCAACCCGAAUGUUCAUUGAAAUUUCGGUUCUGACCCUAGAAAGUCAUGUCCCGGAGAUUUAACUCCAAGUCCUGCACCGAGUCAUUUCUCAAAUUAUUCACUUGAUUCUUCCAUGGAGUUCAUACACCAGAAACCGCAUAGAGAUCGCUGAGGGUCCCACUGAAAAUUCGAACUCCUCGCAGCUAUGUCACGCAGCUGUUACGCAGCGGCAAAAUAUCGGCGAAAAACGUGUCUGGGCUAUUAGACAACAUCUGUGUCGAGAGUACGGUAUAAUACCUUUACGAUAUAUAUAUAUAUAUAUAUAUAUAUAUAUUACAUUUCAGAUUUAAGACUGCUGACAGCCGCUCUAGCGUUAAGCUCACAUACGGCGGAAUCUGGGGGUUUCAUCGUGAAACCGCAUGUUCAGUAUCCUCUAUUUGUUAUCCAGAAGUUUUCUCUCUUGUGACAAGCAGAACGACACUUCCCGGUAAACCACCGGCUGCUCUACAGAGCGAUCGGUCUUUUUAUUUUUUAUCUUUGGAUAUUGACCUUUUUCGAUAUUUGCUACUGUAUUUCAUGCUCUUACCAUGCUCGGGUUUGUUUUUCUGUCUAAUACGUAUUUUUAGUUUGGUUUUCUGGUUGCGCACCCUGGGGUUUUGGCAUUGUGUUGUCACUCUGACUAUGGUGCGGGUUUUCCGAACUACCUGAAGGGUAUGAUUGUCUGUUUAGUGCAUUGAAUGAAUCAAGAGUUUGGUACUGUUUUCUGCUGUUCUUACUGUGCGACUCCGAUUCUGCUCUACAAGAUCAUGGGUUUUCUCAAUGUUCCCGGUCGGAGCCGAUCGCCAUUAACGUUUGUCCGGAUUGGCAGAUAAAUUGAUAAGUAAGCUUGCCGCCUUAAGGGAGUAUAUAUGAUGUAAACUCUGGAAUGGCGGCCACAGAAAACGAAUUCAUAGUAGUUGAUCUGGUUUUUACUACCCAUUUUGAUAACGUGUCUCAGUCCAAGUUAACAGCGGUUAACGAGAAGCGUCUACAUAAUAAUUACUGGGUGAUCCUUAGAACCACCGUGGCGAUGUGCAAGCCAACGCUUGAUCAGUUUUAUCAGCGCAGUGAGCCCUCUGCGCUACAUUCUGGACGGGCUGGAGCCGAUAUGUUAAAAUCAGUUCGCUGUCCUUAAUGAUUGACGAUCAUGCCUCCCAGAUAUCAUCAGUGAAAUAUAAAUUUUGUGCAGAGUUUGACGCCCGUGAAGAUAGUAAAGCUAUGUUUCUAAACGUCGGCAAGGCUAUUUGCUUAUUGCCAAAUCACAUGAUUUAGCUGGAAACGAAAUCCUCUGGAUUAAAGGUUUUCUUGACCGCGAGACCGUCGUAUACACACGUUCGAGGAGCUUUCUCACUUUAGUUGACCACAAAAUUUGUUAUUUUACAUCAGAAACCUGCUGCGACUGUCCAGAAUAGCUGCCUAAUGUUUCCAGGUGCAAUGGAGUUAGGUCGCUUUUCUCUCCAAGGUUUUCUCUCAAAUCGUGCAAACUGAUUUAACCUACACCUUCUAGUGUUAAGGAGCACACAUUAAAAGCGUCAUUAUUGUCAUCGAAGUGUGUCUUAUGUCGGGCGUGCUCGUGUACUCCGUGGUAUCUGUUGGUCAGUCAGGUAGCAGUAUUAAAACUGACCCGCGUAAUGAAUAGUCAUUCAUGGCAUCAAACCAGAUGGAGGUUUCUUGCCCUCCCUCGCUAGUGUUUCUGGGUCAGUACCUUUAGAAACCGAGAACAUUGUCUCGCGCGUCUUCAAGUGCUUUUGUCGUCCCUCUGCAGAAUCGCUGUACAUUUUUAAAUUUCUUGUACCUUUAUGCUUUUCACAAUCGUUAGCCAGACCUUCAAUUUUUGUUUAUACCUUUUAAACUGCUCAGCAAUAUUACUUAAGCGCAUUUCAUUUCCCUCCUGCGUAUCUACUACACCCCCUUUGCCCGCCUUUGGCGUGUCCGUGCGAUUUUAUCGAGGUGCAUGAUGACUGCUCUGACCGUCAGCGUGAAAUGGUUUUAAGAUUCCUCUUGGAACUCUUGGCGGUACUGUAUUCGCGUUUUUAUGCACGCUUUUAACAAGUAGUUCGUUUCACGGUAGUUUCAAGCCUUCUCCAUUUACUUCAGAACUAUUCUUUGAACGGAACACUGGUCGGACCUCGGGGGCAGCUUGAGGGAUUUGAACUUUAGGACAGUCAGAUCGGAAAAUACGCAACCUCUGCCUUAUUUCUCGUUAGUAACUCGUUAUCAUUUAAGACUGGGCAUUUUCAUUUAAUUUGUGGCUCAGAAAGUCUUAGGUAAACGCUUUGUAGUUCCUGGAAAAAUUUCCUUUGUCGCUUCAAAGACUUAAACGCCUUUUGUGCCUAGGUUAUGACAUCUAACAAUCUUCGCCUUCUAUUCAGUGACUUUAAAACCUCACUGAUGACUUUUCCAGAGUCUUAAACUAUUUUAUAUUAUCCUGAUUGUUCUAGCAAGUCUGGACUAAAGUUGCUUAAAACUGUACAGUUUAGAAUCUGAUUUAUCUGCAAUCAGCGGAAUAAGGUAACUGCUCACCUCUAUGGUUUCGUACGCCCUUAGAUUUUUUUUUUUGGUUGAGGAGAGCCGGUACUUCAGAUAGGCCCUCGCAGCCGCCACUGAAUUCUACAAUACACAAGUUCUCUUCAGCAGUUACGGAAACGUAAAUGAAAUAUCAUCUGUAGCGUUAUUUUGUUUCCAUCUUUUGACGUCGGCUUAAGGUUGUCGUCUGGCUGGUUAUGUGGGACGGGCCACGCGUUAGAUGCGCUGGACCAGCACGGGGGCCACAUCGUACUCUGGCAGGCGUUAUCUGUGCGCAAUAACAAAUGCCAACAUUUGCGGGGUGCGCUGGCAGACCCUGUUGUCGACAAUCGUCGCACAACUGGACCACUGCCAUCACCCCAUUGUUUUGUGGUCAAAAUCCUGGUCAUUUGUGUGUGGACCAGGGGGUGCGGAGUGGAGCGCCAAGGCGAGGAUCCGUCCGAGCCAUCCACCUGCGGCCUCCCCCGUCUCCGGUCUUCUUGACUCUGUCUUGACACCGGGUUCAGGCGGUGGAGGAGGAGAGAGUGUAGGUAGAUGCAGCGCAAGUCUACCCGCACUAUAAACCCCUGCGCAGGUCACUGUCCCUGCUCCCACCUGCUGUGGGACACACGGUGGACAUCAUCGAAAUCGAUGGUCGAACUGUCGUAUGUGGGAAUCCGAACAAGAUCUUCACUGGUCUGUUUGUGUAUCAGGCAAAGCCUGUCUAAUUUAUGGCCGAAAACGUAAAUCUUUGUCAAAACGAGCUUAUGUUCUGUUUAUGUCUUCAUCUGUCGCCUGCAUCUGGUCGUUGAACAUUAGUAGUUCAUAAAUCUAAGUCUUUCAGGCACUUUAUCCUUGGCCAUCUUGCUUUACUAUGCUAACUUCUAUUCACUUAACGUUGCUUUGACGCCGAUUUCAAAGAACCCAUAUGAACACCCCAACUUUGUCUAAUAUUUCAGCUGUCAUCAUUGUUCAAGUCUCCGACAGCGGUUUGCUUGGCUUAGCCAUGUUCCCACGCUUCUUUUCCUACGGUCCAAUCCAAGGUACGGGGACCGCGCCGGUGAUCCCUCACUCAUUCGUAAAUAUUGCUCCCGGAAGUGCGGGUGUUCCGAACUCCGUCCUAUCCUCCAGCCAAGUCUCGGAGUCCCAAGCUGCCGACCUGCAAACACAGUUGGCCUCUCUCCUCCUGGCCCACCAGCCUACCCUUCCUGCAAUUGGGACCCCAGUGGUAUCCACGCUCUCCGGGCUUGGGUCUUCUGGACUCGCCUCGCCUUAUCUCCUUCCAAACUUGCUAUCCCCAGUUGCUGCUCCAAACUCUCUAGUCAAUCCUUUUGCUGGCGGUCAAUUGGGUAUUGAUGUUGCAGCAAACUAUGCCGCCCUGAUGCAGAUUCUGCCCCUUAUUGGUUUGCAGCAGCAGCAUCAACAACAACAGCAACAACUGGAUCCAGUUUCCUCUUCAGCCGCCCCUAAAAGCGACGACUCACAUACAAUCAUUCGUGCUCCGGUUUUGUACAAGACAAAUCAGGUAUUUGGCUAGGUUUGCAGCCUGUCUCACCACUUUUAAAUUUGCUUGCCCGAUCGCGCUUGUCCUUUGCAACGCUGGGUUUGGAAUGUUAAUUCUCUUGCACAAGUUUGCAGAUCCUGUUUCGCUUCACCGGCCCAAUACCUGUAGUUUGGCUGCUUGCUUCUUUCGCACCAGGUAUAUCACUUCUUCUUGAUCUCGAAUUACAUACUUGCCUGUUCAAAGCCCCACUCCAGUCAUGUGUGCUAGUCAAGUUUCUGAAGGUCGAUAGAAGACCCACCUGCCCGCACUCGUCGUGUCGAGUACAUGAUCAUCUGCGCACUGCUCCCCUAAUUGCAGUUAUCUUUACAAGGGAACUACUUUUCAAGCCACCUAUACUGUCACAGUUUUGUCAUCUCAGUGAGGUCAAUGUGCUAUAACCACCACUACUCCCCAGCCUACGUCGCAGGAUAUAGUGCGCAGUCAUGUGUUAGUAAGUUGGACACUUAGACGUCCGAUGUUUGCUUUCUGACCACGAUGAUCUCUGCUAGUUAAGCCAGACUGAAUUUGUGAGCAAUGGUGAAUGAGAUUCAGUGUGUAAAAGCCUAGCAUCAGAGCGAACAGUGACACAACAAAUUGGCAUGGAAUAGUUGUCUGUUAUGUACGCAAAUGAAGCCGAACUAAACUAACUUUUCAAGUUAAGGUGAAUUCCUUUUUGCUACUUUUGUUUGAAUUAACAAUAACGUUUCGUAAUUCCUAUGAGGGAGUUCAUUAAGCCCAUCGUGGUGGGUCCAAAGUGGCCCUUCAUACAGAGUUCUUAUGGUAUUCGAGCUUUUCCAGAUAUAAUCAUCUCAGUUUGCCCUGGGUAGAUCAUGGGUCUCCUCGUUGAGGAUUAAAAAUUAAUGCCUCAUAUGUUGCUGUUGCAAGUAUUGAACAUCACUAGCCGGAUGCCGGACACGGGGUUCUAACAAGACUCACCUUUUCCAAAUAGGCUAAUCAAGUAUUCAGGACUAGCCUUAGAGCUAGGAAUAUGUGACAAAGAGAAUCUAUGACAGAAAAAUUGCUUCCCAUUUCAUUAAUGCUGCCGCUGAUGUAAUUUCUAGCCGAAAAUAUGUACAGUCAUUUUUUUACUGGAUAGUCUAGACUGACUAACCCCGCCUAGUGGCCCGGUACGAAUGUCCACCUUUGCAACACACCUCAUUACCUAAUCUUUCACCAUCUCUGGAACGAAAGUACAUUUCGCAUUUGAGUGAGGUAAAAUCUCAUUCACAGGGCGCUGUUGCUGUUGUAAUGUUGCCUAACUUCGCCUGCAUGCACUCGUGCGCCAUCAGAGAUCUUAUUUGGUAAAGCUAGUCCCACAUUUGUUUUGCUGUGUUCGGUACAUAGUCGUCAGCUUGAGGCAUUAGAUCCUUAUGUUUAUCCUCUAAUUGAUUGUGCUGAAUUUUGACUCAGUAGUCAGUUCAUAAGUUUAUGAGUGGGUUCAUUUGCCAAGGAAAUCCUUGCAUGCCCCUUCCCCGCUUGUCCUUAUUUGUGCCCCCCCCCCCCUUUGUUCCUGGAAGAACUAACUCAAAUGCCUGCAAGCUUCUGUCCAAUUCCCCUUUUGUCUUUUUUGGUUGCUACUGCUGUUCAAUGUUUAACACUGAUGUUGCCGUUCAUGCCUACACCUCUCACCGCUAUGUUUCCAGAUCUCUUUUUCAUCCCGAGCGCGUUUGCGUGUGUGCCCGUUAUUGUCUCCUUUUCAUUCCUUUUUUCCGACUUUUCCUCUUGCAAUUGGCGCUUCUUGUCUUCAGGCAGGGAUGUUUCGCCUGCUCACACCUGAAUGCCGACCUCUCGAGAGCGGUUCGUCAAGUAAGCUCAACAUCCCCCUCUCCUGCAAAACACCCCCUUUCAACCACUCAAAACACACAUGUAAUGGACGUUCUUAUUUUUGUGAAUUACUUGUCUCCUGCCGCCUCAUUUUCCAAACUUGCGCGUCAUGUAGUUUAUUUUUCGCGGCGUUGCCCCUAUUUUGCUGUCGCUCUUGCUGCUACUGACUCCAUGUUGCUCAUGCGUACUUGUUCACUUUUGGUUUUCGUAAUCCGGCCACUCACUCCUUUCCAUUGCACACUGUUUCGCUCCUGGAGUUGUCACUGGUAUGGGGCUAUCCCUCACCACCCCUCCGCUUGUCGCACGAGCCCCUCUGUCUCAACUUUCAGCCUUCUUACCUGCCGCCUGCCAUGUCCCCAGUUUGUGCUGGCAUUUUACAUGCAGUCUGAACAGGUCCUUUUACCCUCACUCCCAUACAGUCACAGCAGGAUGGAACGACCUGCAAUGAACACCAGACGGCCGAGCGGACGAAGUCGUCAGCGGCAGACAAUGGAAAUGACACCAGUCCGCCCGACCGGAUAGUCGCGUCAUAUGCAGCCGCAGCUCGGGCCGCAGCUAUAGCCUAUCAGCAGCCGCUCUCUUCUGCUGCGGAGGUAUUCCUCGCGGCGACCUCAACAUCGCAAGGCAGUGCCAGUGUGAAGGCGCGUAGCGUUAUCAGUCGCCGAACCCGCGCAGCACGAUUGGCUCUCGACGCUGUGGCGGUUGCAAACACUGCUACCUCUGCAGUCUCUACGGGACCAGUUAGGAAGGGCAAACAUCUUGCCAGUGGACUCACACUGCCGACACAGUGGAAUAGCUUAUGGACACGUAUUGUCGAUAGGCAUGCAGACGUUGUUGUCUAUAUUUCGUAAGUUGUUGAUUAAUUGCAUCGUCCUCCGCGUGUCUUACACCAUAAUAAGCAUUCCCUCACACUUAUUCCUCGUUCACGUCAUCCUUCUACUUUAUUUUCAACUGUGUAAUUGUAUGGAAGGAAGGCUGAGCCCGCUUUGAGCCCAUUAGCAUACUUUAGGUUCACUGGUCGUCUUGUUGCGUGCUCCUUUGGAGAGGAAUCACAUGCCAAAUCUUUUAGUGGCUUCUGAGUUAUAGUCCUAUGUAGUUGAUUGUCUAGUUGUCCCCAUCCACCUUGACAUCUCGGAUCUGUUUUCCGGAACUUCAGGUUUAAUACCGUCGUGCCGAAGUUAACCAGGAUCUGUGCCGCUCUCUUCCGACGACCACGCCUUCAUACCAUACGAAUGUUUGUUCAUAGCAAACGACGAGGCAUGGACUCGCUUACUGACAGGGAAUGAGAGGGGUCUUGAAUCCCAAGGCCCACAUUAAGGGGACAUCAUUGUAGCUUGGCACUCAAACCUGAGUAAGGCCUCAGUUGGUAACCUUUAAAGGCGCAACUGUUAGCGCGUCGUCGCGGCUUCAUGCAUGUUCGCCCUUUUACAGUCAGGACCUGCGUUGAAUCAAGCUGAAGCAGCCUCAUUUUUUCGCUUCCUUACUCCACUGGUUUGUGAUUGCGUGAGAUUCGGCGCCAUCUCAUGUAUGCUACACGUGGGUCGUAUCAUGCAUCGACUUCUCACGCAGCCUGUUCUCUGUGCUUGGUAAUACUUGGAGCUACCAUAUCUUUACUACCGUUUCUUAGGUAAGAAUGAGUGCGCUGCGUCCGUCUGGUUUGUGUGUGAGGUGAUUAAAACUGAACUAUAAUUAUGCGUCAAUUUGAACCAAAGAUGUUCGACCAUCAGCUACUCGGCACCACCGUCUUCCAGGCGAGCAACCGACUGUUAUUUGCUUCAGAUUGGAACAACAUAUGUUUUCUUAGCAAAACUGCUACUUUCCUUCGCUGGUGUCUCAUUAUGUCAGCAUGCAGCGUAACAAUAGCCAAGUCAAACAUGUGCUUGGGUGCUGACUUGGAUGAAGGCAUUGGAGAAUCCUGCCUUAUCACCACAUGCGUUCGAACAAGUCUGCCCGAUUUACCGUCAGGAUUUGGAUUUCCUGUCUAGUCGCUUUCGAAUUUAAUGAGGCGUAUCUUUUUUCCCUUUUAGCGGCAGUUUUUAUUAACUGCCUCUCAUGAUUCAGAUUGCUCGGUUUUGGUCCAGUUUUAUUUCAUUUUUUGCGUUCAACUUUGACCCCCAGUGCCUCCGUGUCACAAUUAGUUUUGCUGAUAUACAGCGUUGCUCAUAAACGCAUCUGAACUUUGGCUCCGAUUGUGGGACACACGCUAUAAGCCUUACUUACUAAGUGAUCAAGGACGUUUCUCUAUGGUUAGGGGGUUUAGAUGGGAUGACAAGUCGAUGUCGUGAUGGGGUAACGGUCUUUUCAUCGUAUCUUUGUUUUUUGUUUUAUUUUUUUCACCGUCUUUGUAAGAAAAUUGGCAACAAAGUGCAGUUUUUUUUAUUUGUGUCGUCCUGUUCCCGGUAACAGGCCGAAUUUAUUCCUAUUUGUUGUUUCACCUUUGGAACUCGGAUUCCCGAGGGAUGCCUAUUUGCCCCCUUUCUGCUUUAAUCCGACCCCACUUGCCCUCUGCCUACUUCAUUUUUUUGAAAUAAACACGAACUGAAAUGGAGAUUUUCAGAUUAUUGAAUCGUUGCAAUUCUUUAAUUGGGGGCGAGGGUAGGAAGGACGCAUUCGGAAUUGUCCAUGUGCGUUAUCGCGCGGGCACACAAAAACCAAACUGCUCCCAAUUGGGCACACGUCAAUGCAGAACGCAGUGCCUGUUCGCUUCUGCGGUUCGUUGUCUGGUGCGCGUCCGUAAGUCGUGACUUGGAAGACAGGUGAUGUACUUUGGUGCCGACGAAUUCUGAAGGAUUUACUGUUAGAAACCCAGAUCCCUCUUACGGAGUUCGUCCUCGACUCUUUCAACCGGGUGUGUGCCACUUCGUCAGACAUGCUAGGGACGACUAGUUAUUCUCUACCUUGUUAAACUAUGACUGCGAGGUCGAACAUCAUCGGGGCCGACUAGAUCAGGCAUGAUCGCAGCCGUACCAAGUACAAGUAAGUUCGUUCAGUAUCCUCUCACCGUCUCUCAGACUCAUCUUAAUCUUACUGACCUUGUUAGGUAUUUUUGCGCGAUCUCACAACAGUUUUUGCACUGUCUUAGUUAUGGAUGCAUAGUUUUAGUUCUUAUGUCUGACGAAAGGAUUGUCAGGGUAUCUCUCGGUAGAGGAAAGUGUUACUAAGGCGGACGUCAGUGUUUUGUUCCUCCAAAUGCAAACUUUGGGCUCAGUUUGUCUACAUCAUUUGUUUAGAUCGUCUAUCGAAUGUAUGCGAUAUUGUCCUUCCUCACCCUGCACUCUAAGUACAUCCUCGACUAAGGCACUAAAGAAGGUUGCCAGCUAGUCAUUCUUGCUUCGAUGGUGGCAGCCUUUUACAGUCUUUGCAACGCUACCUGAGGGAAUCACUGGGUAGUCGAGGGUUGAACUGCAGAUGGGCGACCUAGCAAUUCGGUUGCUGCCGCUUAUUUUUCAACGACCUUUCAGUUCAUCAGGGAUGUUGUUUAUCUCCGAGUGCUUACAAGGAGAUGAUUCUCUCGACUCGAUCACCAGCAGUUUCUUAGUCGUGUUGGAGUCCCCAGCAGAGUUGGAAUUUCUACAUGCAUGCCGAAAACCUUUAAAGAGAUACGGAGGAAAUAUCACUCUCUCUUUGUCCUUCCCAUUUUCUUUAACUCACAGGCCUGAUGGUCACCGACUCAAGAGCGUUAGCGAGAUCCGCGCCUACAUGAGCAAAAUUAAUCCCGGCACUGAAGUCACGAUCUCCGAUGAAUGCAUCACAGCCAAUUUCUGCUUUGAUGCAUCUAAAGAGGGUCGCUUGUUACCCGCCCCUGACGAUUCCAUCUUUUCACCAGCCAAAUCUGUUCCGCCUGCCUCUUCCAUUGGCACGGCUACUGAUGCUGCUGCUACUACUACUGUAGGUGCUGACAGCCAUACGACGACCAGCACCACGGCAUCCGCCAGUUCGGACGAGCAGGCUGCAGCACAACCAGGUGAGUAAUCACUUGGAAUCUUCACUAACUCCUUUACUCCACAUUGUGUGACUAUUCUGUGACCGCAUUUUCAACACUGACGGUACAUUUUUUCAUGUCCGUCCCUCGCCGUGUGAGAAGUGUACUAGUAAUAAUAAUUGCACUUUGGUGCGGAAGUGGUUGAAUUUUUUACCCCAUCUGUAUACUCUAGUGCUAACCGCAUGCGUCUGCCCAUGAAUAAUAACCGAUCGAGGGAUUUUACCUGCAUAAACUAAACAGGUGUCACACAACCUGCCCGCACUCUCAUCAAUGGCUGACAUUUCUGCAAGCACUGUCAUCAUUAGUUGAGGCACAGAAGAUGUCAUGCUGCCCCUGGCCUAGUUCUCGCCGGAACUGCUACGGCUUAGAAAACCACGCAGAAGGGUAGGCGAAUUAAGGUCAAUCGUUUCACUAACGACUGAUUUACUAGUAAGACUUGUCUCUACUACGAACCAUGGCGCAUGUCAACAGGUGGUGGGUUGUGAGACGUACCACAUCGCAGGCCUGGCGUCCAAUUAAGCGGACUUUCUGGUCUGACGAAUAGGAAGUCUCAACCCAUACUGUCGUGCUGCCUACCGCACUGGUGAAUUGGUUUUUCAUAAAAAGACCGCAGGUCGUGGUGGGAUUUCAACAUGACGAAUGUUGGUCGCCAUACAACGAGGAUUCGUCCACCGUAAGGCGGGAUCUUAAGACUUCGAUGUGUCGGAGACGGGGAUGAAGAUGUCCGCCUUCGAGUUUGGAUGCUGUGGGAGACAGUUCCUUCACUAAGCCGUCUCUUUUAACCCCUGUCCGGUGAAGCACAGACAACCGAGAUUUUUUGGACGGCCAAAUGACUAUAGUCCGUACGUUUUGGCAGAAUUUGGUAAGGAGUAAUGCCACCGAAAACACCACUUCCUUCCCUAACCCCAUAACUUUCCGUGCUUCCGUUGACCCUGUGGAAUGUAAGUGUCUGAUGAUGACAACCGAGACAUAAAUAAGUCCCAUUUUCAGGGUUAAUGAGGCAGUAAGUCAACCAAAUAAUAUGGUUUUAUUUCUACUACUCAGAUAUGAUGCACUGAAGUAAGUAGUGCAGGUGUAUUGACAAUCCAAUCGUCGAUUUCGACUCUGUCCAUUGUGUACUCCACAGCGGGGUGAGAGCGGACACGGUGACUUACGCGUGAAUUAGUUUGCCGUGAUGGUAGACUUGCGAAGAAUCUACCGCACUCUCCUCCUCCACCUGGAUCCGGUGUGAAGACAGGGUCAAAAAGACCGGAGCUAGGGAGGGGCGCAAGUGGCUGGCGCGAUGAAAACCCGCACCUUAGCGGGUACCACCACACCCUCUGGCCCAAAACGGACACUGAUUAGGAUUUUGUACCACAACACAAAUCGGGAGGGAGGGAAGCAGCAGAGAUCCCAGUUGGCACGGAGUGAGCCGGCAACAUGGCGUGCCACCGCGUCCCAAUAUUGCCAUUCCUGAUAACGCCUGCCAGGCUCCUAUUCAGUCCCCGUGUUAGUCCAGCGCGUCUUACGCGUGGCCCGUUUUAGGCGCAAGGAAGUCUAGUAGGAGCUUGCCAAAUUGCGGACAAAGACGUUGACCUAGGGCGGUCCAAUUAAACUAGAUAAGGAAAUAGAACGGUAACGGAUCGAAGAAGUCAGCUGUUGCUGCGCCUUAUUUCCUCAAUCGGCAGUCGGUUGAAUGAAACGGCACCAAGAGCAAACAAUUUCCUUAUAGAACGUCGGAUUUUCUGGCAGCACUCUACGUACUUUAGAAUGCAGAAGAUGAUCACGAUAUGUGGUUUUAUUCAACCAAAAAAACUAGCGGAGGGUGUACUGAAAAAUAAGGAUUUCCGUGCGUCGAAAUCCGAAGCGGCUGCUGUGCCCCUUAGCAUCAGCUCUGAGGAAUAUAUUCUGGCCAAGUGAAGCUUUAAGUUUUGAAACCCUAUCAAAGGCGGCCUAAGUUGCCUUUUGCUGACGUAUGUAAAGAAUUAAGAGAUCACGAAAGGCAACCUCGGAGAUAUUGUAACCGCUGUCAGUUGGGCAUCUCGUGUGAUGGUCACGUCACAGUGCGAGCGACCUUCGGUAGUUAACCAGCAGCGCACAUCUUUUUUGUAGACAGGCCAACUGUCGUUUCCUGUUAAUUUAACUGCAGGACUUUCUCCAACCUCUACAUAGCCCUUGUAUUUGCAGUUAUUCAUCCCUAAUGUCACUGUCAUAAUCGUUAUCCUUACUGCCUGACUUAGAGCUAACUUACAUUUUUUGAGCAACUUCGUAACUUCUUUCUGUGCGUUCAUUUCCACCGGAAAACAUAAUGACUUAGUCACUUGCAACUGGCAGUUAUGGAUCUAUCGUACUUGCAGUGGGAAAAUGAACAUUUCCGUCUUGUCUUGGAGCUGAGAGUCUACAGUCCAGACAAACGGUUGGAUAGCGACUAGCAAUCUUAGAUCGGGAAGUUUUGUGGACAUAGACAAGGAACGCUGUAGUGGCCAUUUCUGGCUUGUUAUUUGCUCACAUCAGCUAGUGAUAACCCAAUACCGGGUCCCGUACCCGAGAUUCGAAGUCCAUCAUCGAGCAGCACCUCUCCGGCACCGCACUACCUGCUGGUCUAGAACAUUCAGUCACACACGCCGAGAGUCUACAGGCCAUGCAAGUGGUCGCAUGAUGACUAACAAUCACAAGCGCGACUGACUGAGAGAGAAAAAUAAGUCGGAAAUGGCCAUAUUAGUGCUCCUUGUCCUCCUGCUAACAACUGAUGCACUUGUCGAACCUCUCCUUGUUACUAGUGAAUCUUUUCACGGGGGACUAAGCUAGGAAGCAGAUUCCCUCACAUAUUUUCAGGCUGUUGGAAACCUUUAAAUCCGUAUAUUUGAGAAGUGUCAUUAUUCUCGUGAAGGAAGAAUUCGUUGACAUCCCUCGGUUUCACGACGGCUUCACGGCGGCACUGUGUUUUUUUCAGUGAGCUCAGUGCCCAUUAAAGAGCUUCAUACAAAUUUCGAAUGGCCCUAGAGUACUGGGGAAUACAGGUGGUCAAUAGUGCGGCCGAACUUUGAAGAAACUCUGGUUCACUCGGUCUUAUAGGCAUUUUUACAGUGAUAGCUCACGUUUUAUCCUCUGUAUGUAGGCUGUCGCCACCUGUCGUAACAACCUAUCCGAAGCAAAACAAAUAGAGACUCGGCCAGUGAAUCUCGUUUCCGAUGCUUGUUCGAUGUCACGUAUGUGGAUAUGGAUGCCCGAGGUCUGUUAAUUUUUUAUGUAAGGAACAAUUUGGACCUUUGUUCAGAUGUUCGGGCUGCCAGUUGCCCAUUCAUACCCCAUGAAUGGCUGUGUGGAAAUUAAUCUGGACUGUGUCAGCGUUGUGAUAAUAUUGCGAAUAUGGCAGUACCAUGUUAACUCGUGGAUUUAAAUUGCACUCUUUUUACUUCGCACACCACAGGACAUCUCUCCAGUGCUUUUAGGAAUUCUGACCGUAGGUAUUGCCUGAACGAAGCUUUAAAUUAUGUAAUCUAGUGGUUCCUAACUUCUCGCCUGGGCAGAAGAAGUUUUCUUUAAAAAAACUGUUUUUGUCACAGUUGUCAUGGGUUUUAUCAUUAAUCGUUGUUUUAUUGGCCUGGCGACCGAUCGCCAACCAACCGCAAACACAAGGCAUGUUAGUGUUAUUCUGCAUGGCGACUUGUUGACAGAUCUGCUCGCCAGCAGUUACCGUUCACGUCAUCUAAAUGCCAUCUCUGUGAACCACAUGGAUGCGUCUCAGGACGGCUAUUUUUCUUCUUUUCAACUUUUCUCGCUACUUUUGCCGUCCACAACUUUUCUGCUUCGUACGCUUCUGUAAUCUUCUAAGCAGGAGUACCCACCACUUCUUCAUAUCCCGAUGUGUCCUAACACCUUGUCGAUUACUUUUGUUUCUUUUUUGCAUCACCCAGGCUCCUAUUGGACUGGCCUAGUUGUCAGUACUAGAUCUCUAGACCGCCAUAUCCAACCGAAAAUAUGUCACUGUUAGUAUUUUCACGCUGUUUCCUUCAGCAAGUGUUAAUCUGGCCAUUAGAGAUUCUGCCUAUCGCCCUUUUAAGGCUACUCUAACGAUUUAAAUCGAGUCCAAGAGCUACCGCUUUUUGGCUGGAUUAAAUAAGACCAGUUUUCACAGCCAGCGACCUAGCUUUUCAAUGUGUUCUCUGACUGCCUAGCUUUGCUACCUAACCGAUGUACACUUCGACCUUCCCCUCAGUUUUCUUAUUUAUUCUUUGCGACCCUGCUCAGUCAGCGUUUUCAGUAUUGUCUGCCCGCUGUGGGCUAAUUUCCGGUGCCUCAAAGCCAGAAUUGAUGCUGCAUGCAGGAAUGACUUUGAGUGCUGUAGGCUUUUAGUGUGCGUCUUCUUUUAGUUGGCGUUAAAUGUCCGCCUACGUCUACUAUCGAUCUGAGCAGAAAGUGUUGUAAGUUAAACGAUGUUCCACCGAUAUAACGGUUCCCUCAUUUGUACCCAACCUCACAACAGCCGUCGUCCGUCACUGGCAGUAGUGCUUUUGACCUUAGCUUGACCCCACAAACUGUAACCUCCGCGUCCACUCAUAAUAAGUCAAUGCAGUCGACUUACGAAGGUCCCCAGUCGUAAACGCUUUGAUGGCCUCGACAACGCUGUUGAAUUCUUAGUUCUUGCAAUGUUACCUCUUAGGCUAAGGAAAUCUUGCUGUUACUUUAUCUUGUCCCCUACUUUAUAAUUCUCUUUUUAGGUUCCACUUGUCAGAUCAACUCCAGUCCACUCCACUCUAGCUCAGAGGCUGCUAAGCGUCCAAGACUGGAUUCCUCUGCAUGUUCGGAAGGCCAAACAGUGACAUCGUCGGCAGCUGUUGACGUACCAUCUUCUGAAGGGUCGGCUGACGGUAUUUCAUCUACCGUCUCAUCCGCCUUGUCGGUCAGAAUCACCUUAACAAACUCCUCUUCCUCAGCUGCGUCUGCGACUGAGUCACCGCCCACGUCAAAUGCUGCCGACGGCGUGGAUCGCUCCCAGACCCCUGUGAGUUCGAACAGUAUCGGCGAUAGUGGAUCUGUCUUAGAGCCGGACUCUUCUGCUAACGUUGCUGUCACUUCGUCCCUAUCCGUCCAUCUUUCGGGUUGCGAUCCACUCUCUGACCAGGAACUUAUAACUCCCCGACUGACUGUGGACUCCACUGCUGCCACUACCACCCCCACCUUUGUAGCCCGCGGUGUUGCUAGCAGUGAACCCGGCCCAUCAGUCGUCUCUUCUGUACUGCCGCCUGCUCCGCGAGCCGAUACGAAUUUUACCAGCCUUGAACUGCCUGUCACAGCCCACUCCCAGCAGCAGCAUCAGAACGGAAUGACCGCUCUUCUUCCAGUUGGUGACACCGGCGCUCUCUUCUGUCCCAACUCAGCCUUCUUAGCGGCAGCCCAACUCCAACAGCAGCAGCAGCAGCUGUGUAAUUUGGCAGGACUGUUGCAACUUCAGCAGCAGCAGCAGCAGCAGCAACAACAACAAGCCGUCUCUUGGCCCCUCCUCUCAGUGGCAGCAGCCAAUCAACUCGAAGAGUCCCUCCGUGGCGGUGGCAGCGGUCAGGCGGCUCUUCUGCAGUUGACUGCCGCGCUUUCUGAGCACCAGCGCCAGCAGCAAGCUGCAGCAGCCGCCACCUUGCUAAUGUACCAUCAACAGCAGCAGCAGCAACAGGAACAACAGCAUCGGUUGACUGUCCAGACCCUGCAGGCGGCCUACGCACGAGAGAUGCAGCGGAUCCAGCAAUUGUGUGGCGUCGAGCACCCUCAUCAGCCCUGA